UUGCUCGCCAUAGUUUUAAAAUUUUUCCCUUCUUGAUUGAUUACCAUCUAUGCAUAUAUGUGUGUGUUUUUGUUUGUGCAAUAUGGGUGCAUGGUGAACCCUAGCUUGUGUUUUAAACAAUAACCUUUAUGGGUAUGGCCGGCAUGAUCCUGCGCGUGCGGCUCCCAACAUACCUAGCCCCUGCUAGCCCCGGUUAACUAAAAAUGGUACGGUGUGCAAAUGGAAAAGGAGAUCUGUUUUCAGAGCAAUUAUAUGAUUGAUGCUAAUGGGGUGUCAGAUCAUAUAUUUCUCCUUAUGUUAACUAAAUUCUAUAAAGACACAAUAUAAAUGCAUUUUAGCAUAGAUUGACUAAGCACUUGGGCGAGCCGCACAAAGCACAAGCCACCUCACAUUUGUUGGAGAGUCGAGAGAGCUACAGACAGAUGGCGAACUGUGGGUUGUGGGAGUUGGAGAAGCAAGCAACGGUGAAGCAGCAUAGGAACCUCCGUCAGAUAGUGGUGAAUCUAGCUUAGAAUCAAAGCUUGGGCACCGUUAUAAACCUCUAAAUUUCACCAAGAGGAUAUUAGUAUGAAAACUUCAAUGCCAGAUAAUAAAACAGAUAAGGGUAUACCGUACUUUUGUAUCUAAGUUGCUAAAUCCAGAUCCUAAAGCGAGGUGUGAUUCAUCCCGCUGCAAUUCAGAGCCAUAUGUGGGGUGAUUUCACCAAUCAUGUUGCCAAAAUCAUCCCACAUAAUAGUAUGAGCAUUAAUAGAAGUUCCCAAAAUCAUCUCGCUGCAAUUCAGAGCUCUUGAUGGCAUCUUCAACGUGUGAUUCAGAGUUCAAUAGUUACAAUUGAAACCUCCAUCUUAAGUGGAUACUCAAAUUUGAAAGGAAGAAAUAAAACAUAUGUCGUAUGAGCACAAUCAUGUUGUCAGUCAAUAUUCAAGUGCUCAUUGGAUUGCUCAUAGGAGAUCUGCUGAGAUAGCCUUAGUUUCUAGGGACUAAAGUUUAGUGCCUAAAGUUUAGGAUGGUGACUAAAGGAACCAAAUAGGGCCUUAAUAUGCGCAUGUUCCACUUAAGAAAGGUUGCUACGGAAUCAGUUAUAAGCACGUUUUCUUAAAACUAGCUCUGAUGUAUUCCUGCACCUCUAUUAUAGUCCUCUACUGAAUCCAAUUUAAACAAAUAGAGUGGCGUGGGAAUUAAAAAAUGAACAAAUUAGCUCAUAAAUCUAAAAACAUUUAUCAGGGAGAAAAAUUGUAGUCGUACAUCUGAAACUCGGCACACUCAGUUUAUGAAUUCAAUCUAGAACUGUUCGGGAGCUUUGAGAGCGGUGGAGGAAUCUGCAUGCGACGCCGAGGUGGUGAGGCCGCUCUCAAAGCUCCCAAACAGCAGCAUUGGGCUCUACGAUUCCUCGUUCGAGUGUGACGCGUGCGGCGUUGGGUUUGUCGCUGAGCUAUCUGGUGAUUACAAACACGUGACUGUUAAUGAUACUAUUGAGAUGCUUGAGAGAAUGGCUCACCGUGGUGCCUGCGGCUGCGAGAAGAAUACAGGAGAUGGUGCCGGCAUCAUGGUCGCUCUACCACAUGACUUCUUCAAAGAGGUCGCAAAGGAUGCUGGGAUUGAGCUACCCCCACUAGGCGAGUAUGCUGUUGCAAUGUUUUUUAUGCCAACAGAUGAAAAGCGUCGUAAGAAAGGCAAAGCUGAGUUUAAGAAGGUUGCAGAAUCACUGGGACAUGUAAUACUCGGGUGGCGUCUGGUUCCGACUGACAACUCAGACUUGGGUGAAUCUGCACUCGAGACUGAGCCAGUCAUUGAGUAGGUUUUCGUUACCAAGAGCUCAAUAUCAGAGGCUGAGUUUGAGCAACAGCUAUAUAUCCUUAGGAGACUCUCAAUCAUCUCUGUUCGAGCCUCUCUGAACAUUAAGCGUGGUGGAGAGAGGGAUUUCUACAUGUGCUCUCUAUCUUCUAGGACUAUUGUUUAUAAGGGCCAGCUUAAACCGUCCUAGCUUAAGGGGUACUACUAUGCAGACCUAGGUCAUGAAAACUUCAUGAGUUAUAUGGCUCUGGUAAAUACAAAACUUUGGCACUUACACAAAAAUUGUCAUGAUCAUAGUCGACGGAUGGGAACCAAUAAUAGCAAGGCUGUUGUAAGAAGAUACACUCCUAUAUAAGAGAUGGUUCGUUUCGGCGUCCAUGCAGGGUGUGGAAUGGAUCCAGUUUGUCCCAGUUCGGAAAUCGGAAUGGUGAACACAUAUGAGAUGAGCUUCCCGGAUAUGUAUGUAAUCUGAGCGUUUCCUUCCUGUAAUCCUGUGUAGCGUAGGAGGCUUACCUGCUCUAUAAGCUUCAUUGUAUUGUUCUACAAAGGCUUUAAUACAAUCAGGUAUUAUCAAGAAAACAAGAAGAAAAGAAACAGAUGGCUACUUUGAGGAAAGGUGCCAUUUUUACCCAGCGGCUUCCUCGCCACCAAAUUAAAGGUUGCAUUUUGUCUCCGGUCUCACCAUUCCCAUUUUAUUCUCUGCGUGUUGCUGUCUGCUCCAGGGCGACAGUGGGCAUGCUGCUCGGCGUCGAGGACAUGCACAGGUUCCCGGUGCGCUCCCCGUGGAUGGACCGCGGCGACCUCAUCCGCAGUCCCGCCGCGCGACAGAUCGUGUCCAACUACUUCAGCAUGUUCGGGCCGGUGCAGGACGUGCGCAUCCCGUAUCAGCAGAAGCGCAUGUUCGGCUUCGUCACCUUCGUGUACGCUGAGACGGUGAAGGUCAUCCUGAGCAAGGGCAACCCGCACUUUGUGUGCGACGCUCGCGUGCUCGUCAAGCCCUACAAGGAGAAGGGCAAGGUCCCCGGUAGGUUUAGGAAGCUGCAGCACACGCACCAUGGCGGAGCCGAGUUCGUCGGUUGCGCGUCGCCCACUGGAUUGCUGGAUUCCAGGGACCCCUACGCCCUCCUGCUUCUUUCAGGUGCCCAGAAUUUCUCCAGGUUUUCUCCUGGGCAUGAAGCCAUUGGGCUAUGAUGUGUGAGGUGCACAGAGCAAAAAAGGGGGAGGGCCCCCCUCCAUUCCUCUAAUCUGGGAGGGACUACUAAUAUGGCUACAUGAUGGCCGGCCCCAUCAACCGAGCAUAGAGAAGCUUUGAUAAAGAAAAAAGAAAUACCUUUGGAGAGGUGUAAUCUUCUUCAGAGUGGGAGAAGGAGGGGACAGUGAAGACAACAACAGAGAAGAAACAAGUCCAGUUUGUUUUUUAGCUCUUAGGCCUAUGAUAAGUAUAUGAUAGUAAGUGAGUGAGUAGUAGGCAUAAAUAAUAGUAGUAGUAGUUAAUUAGUAGUCGUUUAUUAGUAGCUGCUGCCAGUGUCAAGAAGGUGAUGAAAAGGCACACUCCAGCUCUCUCCUAUGCUCGUUUGUGGCAUGGAUGGAUCUCUCACUGUUGCUAUGAUAUGUUGUUUUAUUUAUAAUAUCGUGUGUAUAAAUAUUUCAUGUUUUUCA